AUAUGCAGCCUCGAAAUAAAAUUUUAAUGCUUUGCCUUAAACCUUUGAGGCUCAACUACUAAACUACGAGUUUUGAUUAGUUUCAUCUACCUCCAAGUCCAAGUCCAAGUCCAAGUCCAACUACUCAACUCUCUUCUCUCUCUCUGCAAACGACCACAAUGAGCUUAUGGGAUUACUGGAUUGAAGAGGCUCUUUCAAAGCUCGACUCUUUGCAACUUCCCCGUUCUCUCAGACCCAUUUACCUCCGCAAUGAACCAGAACACCCCAUCAACACUGCUUCCUCAAAAUCAUCCAUUCAAGAUGAAUUCCAGGUGUUCGACGAAUUGCAUACAUGGGACCGUUCCUCCGUUGAGAUUGAGAUUUCAGAUGCCACCUUCCAGAAUUGGGUCCAUCACAUUUCUUCUUUCAACUCUGUCCCAAGGGAUGAGGCUGACGAUAGUAGAGAUGUUUUAGCUAAUCCUAAAACAGGGGAGCGUCCUCAGAGUUUCAAGAAGCUGCUACUUUUAUUUUCUGGAAAUGAUUACUUGGGGUUGAGCUCACAUCCUACUAUUGGAAAAGCUGCUGCUGCAAAGGCAGCGCUGAAACAUGGAAUGGGCCCCCGAGGUUCUGCUCUAAUAUGUGGAUAUACCAAUUACCAUCGGCUACUCGAGUCAUGCUUGGCAGACUUAAAAAGAAGAAAGAGAAGGAAAUGAUCCUGUGCCUGUGCCUGUGCCCCCUCCCCUGACCAAUGCAGCUUUUUUCUUAUUGUUGAAUAAGAAAAGAUGCAUGAUACAUUGUUGGGUUGAAAUCAAAUUAGAUUCAAUAUCAUAUCCAUGGUUUCUUGUAUGAUCUUUUUUUUUCCUUCAUAUUUGACAUUUCCUCAAUUUGGUAUUUCAACUGCAAACUGAUGAUGAUCUUGUUUGAACUUUAUUAUGGGGUAGGGUUUGCUGCUAAUAUCAAUAUGGCCUUGAUGGUAACGUUGGGCAAUGUUGGCUCUCUCCUGGCCUCUGCCUCAAAGCCUUUGGAGCAUGAAAGGGUUGCCAUUUUUUCUGAUGCGUUCAACCAUGCUUCAAUAAUUGAUGAUGGUAUUCGUCUUGCCCAGCGACAGUCUAGUGUAGAGGUUUUCAUCUAUAGACACUGCAACAUGACUCACCUUAAGAGACACUGUUGCUCAUGGAACAUUUGUUUGUGGGAAAAAUGGAGGUGGAGUGGCUGAAGAGUUUAACUGUGAGAAAGAUAUUGAUAUUUGUGUUGGCACUCUGAGCAAAGCUGUUGGUUGCCUUGCCAUGGAGGAUUUAUAGCUUGCAG